AUGGCCGUAAUCGAAGGUCCACUUAGCAAGUGGACAAAUGUCAUGAAAGGAUGGCAGUAUAGAUGGUUCGUUCUUGACGAAAGCUCUGGCAUUUUGUCAUAUUUCACUUCUAAAGAGAAGAUGAUGCGAGGAGCCAGGAGAGGCUGUGUGAGGCUGAAGGGAGCAGUCAUUGGUAUUGACGAUGAAGACGAUAGUACAUUUACCAUAACUGUGGAUCAGAAAACAUUUCAUUUUCAAGCUCGAGAUGCUGAUGAACGUGAGAAGUGGAUACAAGGACUGGAAAAUGCAAUACUUCGACAUUCUCAUUCUCAAAAGAAACAGGAAGUUAAGUCUGUCCCUACAGCUGCAGAUUUUGACAGAAAACUCUCAGAAACUGACGCCUACUUACAACUUUUGAUAGGCCAAGUACAGACGUUGGAGACAAGAAUUGAUGCUUGUGAAGAUGUAUCUGCCAAAGAAAAAUAUAGUGUUUUAAAAGUGACUGCAGAGGCUAUGAUUGAAGCUAUAAAGCAUGCCAUUGUGAUGUUACAAAUAGCGAAGGAAAGUUUGAAGGGUCCAGUGAUGAAUGGCACUAUGCAUGAGGCAGUUCUCACCACAGGUGCUGAUUUUGACCAUUUUGGUCGGAGAGCAGGCCAGAGGGCUAAUUCACAAUAUAGUGGGAUUCCUGCCUCCCUGUCAGCUGAGAGCAUAGACCUCAACACCUCUCUACCUCCGCCUGAUAUCUCUACCAGCACACCUCUCUCAGGGGGUGAUGAUAACAGUAACAGUACCAGUACGACUGUCCCAGAGACUUCCUAUUCCAGCAGUGAGGAUGAAGACUUCUUUGAUGCCGAAGAUUUCAAGUCUACACCAAAAACUAGCCCAGAUAAGUCAACAUCAUCGUCUUUGGUGACAACACCUAGCCCGGACGGCGAGGAAGAGGAGAAGAGAGACCCUCCACAGAUCAUUGCCUCAGAGGAUGACUAUUUUGAUGAACUUUACGAUGAGCGAGAUGAUGAAGGAUUGGGCUCUCUGGAGAGUCAUGGCAGUAUUAUAGCACACCUGUUGUCUCAGGUGAGAAUUGGAAUGGACCUAACCAAGGUUGUGCUCCCGACCUUUAUUCUGGAGCGGAGGUCACUACUUGAGAUGUAUGCCGAUUUCUUUGCUCACCCAGAUCUGUUUAUCAAAAUUCCUGACAUGGACACUCCUGCAGAGAGGAUGAUACAGCUGGUUCGCUGGUACAUGUCAGCCUUCCAUGCUGGUCGUAAUAGUGAUGUGGCUAAGAAACCGUACAACCCUAUACUAGGAGAGACAUUCUGUUGUCAUUGGAGCAUGCCUGACUGGCCCAAAACCACAGACCUAGCUGAUGAUGGCCCAGUUCCAUGGUCAUCUAAAGAAAACCUGGCAUUCAUUGCUGAACAAGUGUCCCAUCACCCACCCAUUUCUGCAUUCUAUGCAGAACAUUACAAUAAACGCAUAUCUUUGGAUGGGUAUAUAUGGACAAAAUCCAAGUUUCUUGGACUCUCCAUUGGGGUCCAUAUGAUUGGACAAGCAGUUGUAUCUCUUAUAGACCAUGAUGAGGAGUAUGUUAUCACUUUCCCUAAUGGGUAUGGCAGGUCCAUCCUGACAGUGCCGUGGGUAGAGUUAGGAGGAAAGGUGACCAUUACUUGUGCCAAAACAGGAUUUUCAGCCAACAUAGAUUUUCAUACAAAGCCAUUUUAUGGAGGAAAAAAGCACCAAGUCACAGGCAAUGUUUACUCACCGACAGACAAAAAGAAUGCAAUAUUGACAUUUACUGGUGAAUGGAAUGGAGUGAUGUAUGCCAAACACAGCUCAGGGAGAAACGAGGCAUUUGUGGACACUAAGAAGAUGGCCAUUGUAAAGAAGAGAGUAAAACCAUUGGAUACACAAGCAGAGUUUGAAUCUAGAAAACUAUGGGAACAAGUAACAAGAAAUCUGAAACAGAAGAAUGUAGAAGUAGCAACAGAGUUUAAACAUAAAUUGGAACAUCGGCAGAGAACAGAGGCAAAAGAAAGGAAGGAAAAGGGACUGAAAUGGGAAACAAAGCAAUUCCAUGAAGUAGGGGAACACUGGGUGUACGACCGGCCAUUACUGAAACGUCUCGGGAAGGGGACACCCACACGUACACCGACAGACACGCUGUAAACCUGACACCUGUAACCUAGACACAGCACUGUAACUCCUUGUUCAUAGGAAAAUUGCAGAAACAUUGAUGGUUCUACACGUUGGUACUUUCUAAUUGUUCUAAAACAAUGGAAACAAGUGUUAAGGACACUUCACCAGAGAAUGGUCUCUACCUAUGAUCACUUAUGCUUCAAAAAAUCAUAUUCACAUUUGCACGGCGAUGAUAUCACAUAAACAAACUUAAGUACCAUAUAUUGCAUCAGCCGAAUGACCAGUAUAAAGCUAUCAUUGUGGGCACAGAUACAGCAUCAACUGACCAUCAACAUGGCCGUUUCUUUUGAUGGAUUACACUGUAAAUAAGGAAUCAUUUAUCUUUGUUUAAUCAAGUUAUAAUUGGCAAAAGACAGCAACAAGACUAUUCAAUUCUUAAGAAAACAACAAUACACAGCAGUGUUAACCUGAAGCAAUGGAUAAUGUGUUGUGUUUUUUUUAAUUUAUUGACAAUCAAAAAUAAUUAAAUUGCUACAAUUUGAGGCUUCCAUUAAUACAAUUGUGUCUAUUAUACAUCAGAUAAUGGCUGGUUGGUAGGGCUGUGUGAUGAUAAUUGUUGCAAUAAUAUUUAACACAGUAACAUCCAGAUUCUAUGUUACUAAGCAAUACACACCUGAAUAGUUCAUGUAUGUUUUACAAUGGAAAAUGUGAUUCAUAGGGAUAUGAACACCAUCUUUGUGUUGAUAAUGCUUAUACGACUGUAAUCCUGUCAAGUUCAUGGGGAGAUGAAUAUAGUGUUAUAAGAAUAUAUCCUGAGUUUCAAAACACUAUAUGGAAAAGAUUUUGUAUGGAUGUUAAAUACGAGAUGAGAUUAUGGGUGGUUAUGUAUGUUGUAUAUAUGGAAUGAAAUUGUGUGUGGAUGUUGUAUGUUAAAAAUAGAAUUAUGUUUUUAUAACUCAGAUUCUUUAAACUGAAGUUAUUAUUGCAAGCAUUCUUUACUAUUUUGUUAAAGCAUAUCAGAUAAUACAGUUACAUAUUCAUAAAAUAUUCACUCACACAUUCAUGUAUUAAAUAUUUCAUUGAAGAGAAUGUAAAUUUUGGAUAAAGAGGAUAAAAAAAUGUAUCAAUAAAUUUUGCACUAUAUGCACUAAAGCUAGAUUGUGCUUAUCUCUGUUUAUAUACUUGUAUAUCAAUUGUUUAGGAUGCCUAAAUCUAUCAUUGGCUAUUUUGUCAACAUAUUAGUAUGUUUACAGUUUUAGAAAAAAAAGUUAAAUGUUUUGGGAAAAAAUUGAAAAUAUCAUAAAGUUACCUGUCUCUCUGAUUUAAACAAAUAUCACAGAAUAAUUUUCAGAUUGAUAAGAUAUAGGCUAUAACUCAAAUUUCUAUUGACUUUCACUGAAUUCUGGAAGUUAGUGAAAUGUUUAUGGAUUAUGUCGUCCUUUGUAACUAUUCAUGUCUAUUAAAUACUCGUCUUACUGAUUCUGCCCACUGCAGUAGAUAGAUUUUAAAUCUUUUUCUUGAAAUUUGAAUUAUCAACAUAAUGUUGAAAAUAUGCCAAAUACCUGUGAUGAAAAUUUGUAAUUUCUUCACAUUGAGAGUUGAAAUUCUUAUAAUGUUGUGUGUAAAUGAUCUUUGUUUGAAUCAAUGUUUAACUGGUUUGUGGAAUGGGCAACAUUUAUGUGUAAUAUAGUACUAGAUUGAAAGAAAGUUCAGAAACACAAGUGCUGUAUGUUUUAAGUGCUGGGAACACUUUGCUUAUGUAGACUUACAUAAUUCACUGUAUGCUUACAGUACAUUUCAAUACUAACUGUGAUUCACAAAUUAAACAAUUAUUUUUUCAAGGUAA